AUGGUGAUGGCUCACACUCCGCUGGCCGCACGCAGCGCCGCUGUCUCCGUCACCUGCUCCUCCCGUGAAUACGAAGACGACGACGGCGGCGCCGUCUCAUGGUCGCUCUCCUCCGGCACACGCUCCUCCUCGUCGUCGCCGCGGGGGCGCCGCCUGCCACCAAGGCGGCGGUACGGUGGCCUGCUUGUGCUGCUUGCUCUGACAAAAGAAGAUGUCCAGCUUGAUGAGGGCCUCUGUAUGACUGUGAUGGAAGUUUGCUGCAAAAGCGGGAUGACGGCCAAUGCAAAUAAGGUACUGAAAGAGAUGCAUAAUGAUGGGGUGACCAUUAAGAGUUCAACAAUGGUUUCUCCUAUUGAGAUGUAUGCUAGAAAUAAUAUUAGCGUGAUCCGGGAAGAAGAUACUUCGUCGAAGAUGCUAGACUGUCGGACUGACAUUUCAGCACUCAGCACGACAUUGAAAUCCUUGUUGGACACACCUGGGAGUUCAUCCAUCGCGUGCCAAUUGAUCAGAAAAUUUGCUAGGGAAGGAAGUACAGAAGAAGCAAAAUUUCUUCAUGAACAGCUGACUGCAUUGGGAGUCAAGCCUGAAGAUUCUGCAACAGCUACUUUGAUUGUCCAAUAUGGCCAGAAACAGAAGUUACGGAAAGCACAAUUACUAUUUGAGUCGGCAUCAGCAUGGUUUCCUGUAGGAGGGCCUGUCUACAAUGCCAUGGUCGAUGCAUUAUGUAAGUGCAGCAAGACUGAUGAGGCAUAUCAUCUUUUCAUGGAAAUGGUUGAUCGAGGCCAUAUUAGAGAUGCUGUGACAAUUAGCAUACUAGUCACUCACCUGACUAAGCAUGGGAAAUUUCAGGAGGCAGAAAACAUCAUACAUGACUGUUUCGCUGGUGAAGUUGAGCUUGAUACUGUCGUGUACAACACUUUUAUCAAAUCGAUGCUCGAGUCAGGCAAACUAUACUCAGCUGUCAGCAUAUAUGAUCGCAUGAUAGCCUCAGGUGUUCCUCGGUCCUUGCAGACAUUCAAUAUAAUGAUAAGUGUUUAUGGCCUAGGAGGAAAGCUGGACAAGGCUACUGAAAUGUUUACUGCUGCGCAAGAGCUAGGCUUACCCAUCGAUGAGAAGAUAUACACGAACAUGCUUAACAUCUAUGGAAAGGCUGGGAGGCAUCAGGAGGCAUCUUUGCUAUUUACUAGAAUGAAGGAACGUGGUAUCAUGCCUGGAAAGAUCAGUUUCAACUCCAUGAUCAAUGCCUACGCCGCUUCUGGGCUGCAUCACAACGCAGAGGUUACAUUCCAGGAGAUGCAAUCAUGCAGUCACGCUCCCGACUCGUUGACUUAUCUCGCACUGAUCAGGGCAUACACCCAGGGUGGAUGCUAUACCAAAGCAGAGGAAGCCAUCCAGAUGAUGCUGGGUAGCAACAUAACCCCUUCUAGCCUUCAUUUCAACCACCUCAUUUUCAACUUUCUGAAGGAAGGUCAGAUUGAUGAAGCCCACAGGAUCUGCAGUCAGAUGCGCGAUAUUGGCGUGGCUGCGGAUUUGGCCUGUUGCAGGACCAUGAUGAGGGCGUACCUAGAGCACGGCCGAGUCGAUGAAGGCAUAUCGCUCUUUGAGACGACGUGCAGGUCGCUGAAACCUGACAGCUUCAUCCUGAGUGCAGCAUUUCAUCUCUAUGAGCAUUCAGGCAGGGAAUCUGAAGCUGGGGAUGUGCUGGAUGUCAUCAGUCUGCAUGGUGCUUCUUUCCUGAGGAACCUGAAGGUUGGAUCAAAGUUGCGACCAACUUAGCAGCCAGCUGUAACAGAUAGUCACAACCACGUCAUGCAGUUACUUUCUUUUACAUGAAACUGUGAACAUGAAGAAGCAUGACAAAAAAUCGCCUGUAUCAAUUGGCACACCUUAUCAAUAGGAACAUUGAACUAUUCAAGAAAGAAUAACAUCGCAUCUCAGAGGUUCCGACAGAUGAUCACAUCA